AUGUCGCUUAAAACGGUACUGUCGCUGUUGGCCGCUGUCCAGGCUGUCCAGGCCGACUUCUCGCAUUCGGUGCAUUUCAAGACGGUUGAUGCGGUAGCUGCAAAGAGCAUUGCCGCAGCAAAGGGACGGCUGGUGCAGGGAAAUGCCGAUCUGUGGGCUGAACAGGGCUUCUGGUUCUCCAACUUCACCAUCGGUGGCAGCCCCAAUUUGGAAAUUUUAAUUGAUACUGGCUCCUCUGACGCCAUCCUGAACCCGGGCAUUUACAAGCCUGGCCCCAACUCGGCGUCGGGCCAAGUAUACCGGGAUGUCAUUACCCAGCACGGCGCCAAUCUGACGGUCUCCCAGCAGUACCUUGGAGCUAUCACCAGCCCCAAAUCACCGCCGACAUUCCCCCAUGACGGUCUCAUCGGAUACGCAGGCAUCGACAGCAGUGCUCUCGGCCGUACCCCGUUUUUCCAGAGUCUCUGCGACCAAGGCACACUAUCAUCCUGCCGCUUCGGGCUGGCGCUCAACUCUGACCAGACCGGCACGCUUUACUAUGGUUCCGUAGCGACGGAGAGCUUCAGUGGAAGCCUGAUUUCGGUGUCAGCCAGCGACCAAUGGAUCGUCACCGGUGAUGUUACUUUGAAUGGCGCAACGGUUCAGCGCAGCGCCUCCAUCAUCACAGAUUCUGGCACGACUGUAAUCUUCGGGCCCACCUCACAGGUCAAGUCGCUGUUCCAAAAGGCGGGCAUUCAAUCGGUGCAAAACAGCAAUGGCAUCACCGGCUACUACGCCUGCGAUGCGCCGCCUACCAUUGGGCUAGCAUUCAACGGCAACAACUUCAAUAUCUUGCCCGAGGCUCUGGCAUUCAGCCAGAACGGCAAUAACUGCACAGCUAGCAUCCACGGGACGAGUGCGUUUGGCAGCCAGUGGCUAGUCGGACAGGCAUUCUUUCAGGGCAAAUACAUUGACCACAAUGUCGACGAUGGGACCAUGGGCUUUGCCAACUUGCAGUAGUUGUCAUGUCUGGGAAUAUGAAUAAGAAUCUUAUUGUAUGGUGUC